AUGACCUUAAGAGGCGGCCUGGUCAGUAAGGCUCCUCGUGAGAUGUUUGGGUUCUGGAGUGAGGAUCGAGCUAAGCUUAGCCAAACCGAAGAAGACACGGACGACACGCAGUCAAAUUUGAGAACAAAAUUUCCUAAACCCUUCGCAGGCAUCGCCCAUGACCUAAGGGACAGGUUACCGGUUUAUUGGUCUGACUGGUCAGACUCAUGGGAUUAUAGGGUUAUACCGUCUGUAAUCGAGACCUUUUUCAAUAAUUUACUACCUGCGAUUGCAUUUGCGCAAGACAUGUUUGACAGGACAGAUCAUUCCUACGGGGUCAACGAAGUUCUCUUGGCAAGCACGGUUGGCGGCGUUGUGUUUGGGUUGCUUGCUGGUCAACCGCUCUGCAUUGUAGGAGUUACGGGACCAAUCACUAUCUUCAACUACACAGUUUAUGAGGUUAUUAAGCCUUUACACACCAACUACUUUGGCUUUAUGUUCUGGGUGUGCAUAUGGUCAAUGAUUUUCCACUUCCUGCUUGCCAUAUUCAAUGCCGUGUGCCUGCUACAGUACGUGACCACAUUUCCUUGCGACGUGUUUGGCCUUUUUAACAAUGUGGUGUACAUGGAAAAAGGCAUCCAGAUUCUAGUUAGACAGUUCAAAAAAAAUGGCAAGGUCGAUUUGUCAGCGGGCUUUGCAAGCACAGUAGUCGCCUUGCUCAUGACAAUGUUCGGGCUCUCUUCAAAGCUAAUUACCAAGACACCCUUCUUUAGUCACAGAAUCCGCACUUUUAUUGCCGAUUAUUCUACUGCUCUCUCAGUAGUGUUCUGGUCCGGCUUCAUUCAUUUUGGCGGCUUCCUCAGUGAUAUUGACUUUCAGAAAUUGCCGAUUACAAAAUCGUUCAUACCAACCUCACACUUAAGGGACCGCACUACGUGGCUUGCUUAUGAAGCUAUAUCAACCCGUGACAUAUUCAUUGCCCUUCCUUUCGGGCUGGUCUUGACAACUCUGUUUUACUUUGACCACAAUGUUUCCUCCCUCAUGGCACAGCGUUAUCAGUACAGGCUCAAAAAAGCUUCCACAUUUCAUUACGAUUUUGCGCUUCUUGGCGCUACCACUGGGGUUAGCGGAAUCCUUGGGAUUCCGGCACCAAAUGGUUUGAUUCCUCAAGCUCCACUGCAUACGGAGAGUCUUUUAGUACGUGAUAAGAGAGGUGAGGUUGUGCGAUGCGUUGAACAACGAUUCACAAACACUGCCCAAGGCCUUUUAACCUUGGCUACAAUGUCUCGACCGCUCUUGGUGUGUUUAGGUCAGAUACCUCAAGCAGUGCUUUCAGGGCUAUUUUUUAUCAUGGGACUGAAUAACCUACUCCACAACGCAAUUUUAGGACGCAUAAUGCUACUAAUAACUGAGCGGGAUAAGAGAGACCUCAGAAAUCUGAUCUACAAAGUGCCUUUGCCAAAAGUCCUUAUAUUUUUGAGUUUGAGCCUUGCUGGUUUUGCGGCAGAAUUUGCCAUUUCAAAUACAAUCGCAGCCAUAGGGUUUCCACUCAUACUACUCCUUACUGUGAUUGUUUCGCUGUUUUUUCCCAAGUGGUUUUCACCGGAAGACCUAAAGAUUCUAGAUGAAGGGGUAGCUGAAGAGUUCACGCUCAAGAACUUACAAGUAUCUUCUUUGACAGGAACUUCAGCAACAUAG